AUGGUCCGCUUGUCCCUCACUACCAUCCUCGCCGCCGCCGGCAUGGCCAAGGCCCUCGCCUCGGGCAACUGCACCGGCGUCAACGCCAUCAGCACCAAGUGCGCCUCCAAGGAGACCGCGCACACCCGCGACUUCUUCUACGUCGGCGGCCGCUACAUCGAGACUGCUACUGGUAACGUCACGGUCGAUCAGCUCUACGUCGAGAAGCUCGUCCCGGUCUCCGCUGGUCGCGCGCGUCGUCGCGGUGUCGCCGCCGCCAAGCCCAUGGUCUUCUUCCACGGCGGCGGUACUUCAGGUGUCACCUGGCUCAACACCCCCGACAACCGUCCCGGCUGGGCCUCUUACUUCUUGCAGCAGGGUCACACCGUUUAUCUCGUCGACGUUGCUGCGGUUGGCCGCUCUUCUGAAAACAACCUGGAGAACUUCACGAUGAUCGCGGGCACCGCGGCCGAAGGCGUUCAGAGAGGUUUCACGGCCCCGGAAGUUUACAACACCUACCCGCAGGCUUACCUGCAUACUCAGUGGCCUGGUACGGGGCUCAAGGGCGAUCCGACAUUUGAGCAGUUCGCCAAGACCAUCAUUCCUCUGACGAGAAGCUGGGAGCCCCAGGAGUAUGCCCUUCGCGCCUCCGGAUGCGAGCUGCUGUCGCUGUUGGGUGAGAAGGCGUACCUCGUGUCCCACUCCAUCGGAGCCCGCGCGCCCAUUCUUCUUUCCAACGAUUGCCCGCAGUACAUCGCCGCCAACAUCAACCUCGAGGGCACCACGAUCCCGUUCUGGUCCUACAACAUCACCUUGGGCGGCACGCCCACCAACCCAUGGGGCUUGACCAACACCCCGAUCGACUACGACCCUCCCGUUGCCAGCGCCGAUGAACUCGAGACCGUCGUCGUUGGCAACGAGACCCUGGCCCUGAGGAGCUGCCACAUGCAGAAGGAGCCCGCGCGGAAGUUACCCAAGAUCGCCAGCGUGCCGUACUUGAUGGUCACCGGCGAGGCUAGUGUUCACAUCACGUACGACCACUGCCUGGUUAACUAUCUGAAGCAGGUUGGCGGCAGUCCAGAGUGGAUCAAGCUUGGCGAGAUUGGAAUCAAGGGCAAUGGGCACUUCAUGCAUAUUGAGAAGAACAGCUUGGAGAUUGCCGAGGUUGUGAAUGAUUGGAUCUUGGAGAAGGAGAGCCAGUAA